AUUAGACUUCUUUCCUUCCUGACGUGUUCUACACAAAACUAAAUCCUAUAAUGACUGGAGUUAAAGGAGGUCAUGGCCAACAGAGCCAACAAUGCCAACAAGGGCAGCAGGGUCCUUAUGGAGGUAACGGCCAGCAGAACCUCCAUGGAGGAUAUGUCAAUCAAAGCCAACAAUACCAGCAAGGGCAACAGUGUCAUCACGGAGGACAACAUGGACAACAAGGACAACAUGGGCAGCAUGGCAGCCAUGGACCUCAGAAUCUAUCCCAGUGCAACAAUCCCUGCCAAGAUCCUUGUCAACAGCAGCAAGGUGGACAUCAAGGUGGUAGGUUCUAGGCUAACGCUGAUACGAAAGUGAACUUCUAGAUAUUAGAUUCAGCAUCACCUUGGGUCCUUACAAAUAAUAAUACAGAUUGAACAAAUAUAGUGGUAAACUAAUGUUUAAAUGAAAACAUUUCAAUAUUUGCAAGCUCCAAUAAUGAUCAGUGUAUUUUGCAGUAUUUCUCCAAACACUAUUUUAUUAUUUAAUCUAUUGAAGUUACACAUUUUAUUUUUAAAUUGAGCUUUUCUCGUAAUAAUAUCACAUUUGUUAAAUAAAUAGCACCUUUGUAUAGAACAUAAGUAGCAUAAAGUAAUCUGAUUUCCAAGCACAAAUGGCAAGAUACUGUUAUAUAUGCUAUAUAUGUUUACUGACUUUAUUAUAUUUUUACAGGAUGGAACGCUGGGCAACAAUGUCAGGACCAGGGGUCUUAUGGCCAGAAAUAAGGUAAAUAUAUCAUUACUGACUAAGGCUUUCAGGAUUAUAACAAUUCUAACACAGCUAAAGUUACAAUAGAUUCCUGUUAAAGUAUACAUAGGGAAUACAGCUAUAUGUUAUAACUCCAUCUUCACCUGGCGGGUCCUCUUUGGUGCUGACGUCACUGCAGUACUUUUCCAUUUGCACGAGAGGCACAGCCUAUUUCCUGCAGCUGUCACUGAUGACGACUGCAGAGAUUGACUCUGUAACUUCGCCUUGAGUCAAAAAAAGUCAGGUGGAGGAGAAAUACAGAGACAAAGUAGUCCCAACUGUGUCUUUUAUGUCUCUUGACUGGGAUGGACAAUCAAAUUAGCUCCUCUCAUGCUGAAAUUGGCCAUACCAUCUCUACUAGGUAGCUAAUUCAUGUAUACACUACACACAUCACAUAAAAUAGCAUUAUUCUAUAGUACAACAAUGAAUUAUGUAUAUGUACCCUUGACUUGACACUAGUAGUUUUUAAUACAUAUAGACUAGUUUUUAAUAAAUAUAGACAUUCUUCGUUAAGAAUUGUCUAUAUUUAAUAAUAACUGGAAAGUGUCUAGUCUGUUUAAUAAUAAAAUCUGUUUUUGAUUUGGCUAAAAUGUCCAGUCUAUCAGAAGUUAUAAUUUCAAUCAGGAUACUAAAGAGAAUACACUAAUGGCUUUCUCAUAUCUUUAUUUAUGAAAUGUAUACAUCUUGAAGCAGCAGAGGUAGAAAUAGAUAAAUAGCUAUUUUUAAGAACGAAAAUAUAUAGUUUUAGUUCUUUUUAUGAACUAUUAUAAAUACAUUUAAAGGGGACCUGUCCAUUCUCUGGAAUUUCUACCGAUAGAUAAAAUAUUCCACAUCACCUAGAACUUUAGCUAACCUAUUUUCAUGAGAUGUUACAGAUAUUACAAAUGGGAUCAUAGCUAACUGGUGUCUUGCUGCAUAUUCAUAUUUCUGCUUUUGUAUUGUUACUAGUAAAAAAAAUAAAAAAUUAAAAAGUGUUUUUGCUGUACUUUCCUUAUAAUUACACAUUCUGUUUUCUUUUUAGAGACAUUACAGAAAGUGGGAAAGACAAUGACAGUAAAAUUAUGCCAAUCACAUGUCGCUGGUUGAUCCAUUUAUGCUUGUGGAACCACACAAAUAAAUAAAAUUC